CGUCGUGCCUCGCUAAGCGAAUCAGGCGCCCGAGGUGGGCGAGCGAAGCCCUUCCCUCUCCCCCGCCCCCUGAGUCCCGGCUCGGCUAUAAAGAGACGGCCUCGCGACGGAGAGGCAUCCCAAGUGCUAUUUCUCAGCCUAGUAGUAACAAACGAAGGGAGCUGCUGGGCGCCCGCUGAAAGAGGAAGCUCAAACGCAGGAGUAUGCAGAGUGCAAUGUUCCUGGCUCUCCAGCACAAUCAGAUGGAAAGGAGCGACAGCAACUGCCAGAGCCACGAGGAGAAAAAAGGGAAAAUGAAGAAAACGCUCAUAAAAGAUUGGAAAUCAAGAUUGAGUUACUUCCUGCAAAACUCAUCUGGUUCUCCUAAAGCAAAAGAUAACAAGAAAGGACAGCAGAAAGCUAGCAUCAGACCUUCUCCUGAGGAGGCUCAGCUGUGGUCAGAAGCUUUUGACGAACUCUUGGCUAACAAAUAUGGUCUCGCAGCCUUCAGGGCAUUUCUGAAAUCUGAGUUUUGUGAAGAGAACAUUGACUUCUGGCUGGCUUGUGAGGAUUACAAGAAAACCAAGUCCCCACAGAAGCUGACCUCCAAGGCCAAGAAGAUAUACAGUGACUUUAUAGAAAAGGAAGCUCCCAAAGAGAUUAACAUAGACUUCCAAACCAAGAAUUCCAUUGCCCAGAACUUGCAAGAGGCUACUCACACCUGUUUCAAUGCAGCCCAGAAGAGGGUGUACAGCUUGAUGGAGAAUAACGCCUACCCACGGUUCCUGGAAUCCGAAUUCUAUCAGGAAUUGUGUAAAAAGCCACAAAUCAGCAGGGAACCUCAAGGGACAUGAACUCUGAAGUUCUGGCAGAUAGGAGAACAGUGACAAAGAGAAUGCCACUUCAUCCACAGAGGAAGGAGGACCUGUGUACAGGCUCCAUGGACUCGGAACUGAACAUACAGGGGAUCUGCCCCAGUAUCACUUUUGUUUUCAAAUGGACUGAUUGCAGGGGUUUUUUAUACAGAUUGGUGAUAAUGAAAUGUGUAUGAGGAAAAGCAAGCAAAACUGCUGGCCAGUUGCUAGGGAACUUUUGUUUUCUGUACAAAAAAAGUGAUGCAUUGGGAAAGGAAUGUCUUGCGCACUACUGAGUUGCCACGGGUCCUCCAACUCUAUAUGUCAGCCUGGAUGUCCUGGCGCUCCAUGCCAGAUCAGAUCCAGCCUCCUUACAAAAAAAGUCAUUAAGGUCUGUUACUGCUUUGCACUCCCAUACUGGGACUUUGGAAACUGCUUUGAAUAAUUAGCUGCCCCUCAUUUUCCCAAGGCUCUGGGCAGCACUUGUCUUCAUGUCUCUCUAGCUUUCUUUAUGUAGAAUCUGUUCUCUGCAGUUCACUCAGCUGUGCACAGAUUUAGCCCAUUUCUGUAUGACAUAAAUUCAAGUGUUGUGUAGUUUAAUACAGAGAGAGAUAAGGAGGAAAGACUGAAUGAAAAGCAGAGCUUGCUGAUAUAACUAGUUUGGGUCAAACUGCCCGUGCAAAGUGGAGAAAAAGUCCAGCCCAGACUUCAAAAUGACAUUCUUUAUAGUGUAUGUGUUUUCUUGACUCUGGUUGUGUUGUACACUCCUACUGAUGCUGAACAUACUGACAAGGCAAACUUCAGGGAAGUUGUCUUUUUUUUUCAAAAUGCCAGAUCUGUUUUAAUAAAUUUUUAUUUUAAUAUAA